AUGUCGUUUGUGGUCGACCAAGUGCGCCGGAUUGACAGCCAGCUCGAUCGGCUGCAGCUGUCCACGACAAGCUCUGGCAGCUUCUCCAUCACCGCAGAAGAAGCCCAUGACCCCGCCAAGACCAACCGCAUUGCCCACCUGCAGACCCUCAUCAAGUCGCUCUCCACGACCGCAUCGUCCAAGCACACCCUGGUCCCUGUCGCGAGGAUAUUCGAGGCAUUGCAGCGCGCACACCUCGCCACCACGCGCGAGGAUGCAAGCUAUGAACACGAGCUGGAAUGGCUUCUCGUGAGCAAGGCCACGACGCAGGCCUACGGACAGGUCCUGAAUACCAUACUCGAACAAACCAUUCCUCUCGAGGACGAUCUGUGGUACUGGGACGACGUCCUCUCCACCUACAGCUUUGCCGGCUUGUACUCUGUGCAAACAUCGCCCCUUCGCCUGUGGAGGUGGUCGCAGGAGAUAUACCACGAUGUGCGCUCAAGAGGCCCCCAGGUGGCCAAUAGCUGGAGCCAGUUCUACGGCCUAGUCAAGGAUGCCGUGCAGGAGCGGAGCAUUGCCGAUAUCCAGCGCAGGGUGGUAAGCCCACUAGCACUGGUGAGGAACGAGGGCAGGAGAAAGCGAGCGGCUCUUAGGAAGAUCCGAAUCAUCAAUGCAAAUGCGCUGGGUGUAUUGCUUGGAGAAGGGUUGGGGAAUGAAAACGUACACGACGAUGGCACGCAAACACCCACCCUGCUCGGCACCCAGAACGGGCAACGGUGGAAGAGCGUCAUGUCCAAGAACAUUGCCCUCCUGGACGCCGUCAUCCAGACGGUCAACACUGCAGAGCUUUCGGUCGAUAAGUUCGACGACGCUGUCACUGCCAUCACUCAGAACGACCAACUCUACUCGCUCCACGAACCGUCUGGCCAACGCGUCGCAAACACACUCAAACCAGCAGAAGUCGCAGAGCGUCUGCACUACCUGCUCGAAACUGCCCUACCCACCUAUACUGCCAACUUCAAUGCUGUUGUCAAAGCAAACGGUCGACCCUCGCGCCUGAUUCGCUAUUGGCUCCCUGCAACCCUACUGCUGGUAUCCUCGACCACCAUCUUGCGCAUUGUUGUCAAUCGCAAAGAAGAGCUCCUGACAUGGAUUCGCGAGUUGGGACAAACGGUAAUCGACUUUUGGUCAAACUGGGUCAUUGAGCCAACCAAACGCAUCAUCGGCACGAUUCGCCACGACGAGGAAAGCGAGGUGUCCAUCAUGAGCAAGCGCAGUCUGGAGUCUGACCGUGCCAGUCUCGAGCGCAUGGUGGUAGACUUUGCCGUCAAAAACAGCGAGAGCCCGCCAUUAAACGAGUCGCAGAUUGCGGACAUCAGGGCCAAGGUGCGAGAAGGCGACCUGACCACGGUUCUCAAGUCCUACGAAAAGGACAUCCAGAGCCCGGUCCGAGGCGCCAUUGUCGGCAAUCUGGCCAGCGCACUACUCAUCCAGGUCCAGAAGACAAAGGUCGACGUUGAAGUGGCCAUGAGCGGUAUCGACAGCAUUCUCAAGAGCCAGGAGUUGCUUUUUGGUUUCAUCGGAUUAACGCCCGGCGUGCUAGUCAGCAUCGGCGUCUAUCGAUGGCUUCGAGGCGUGUUGAGCAGCCGCCGAGGCGUACAGCAGUGGGCUCGGCAAGGCCGCAUGCUGCUCAUCCUGCGCAACAUUGAUCGCAUCCUCAGUGGCGCAACGCCGACGGAAGAUGGUGAGAUCUCGUACAAGGAUCAUGGCCUGCUCCUCUGCGAGGUGCACCUCCUGCGACAAGCCGCCAGCGGCAUCCUGCCGCGCCGCAUAUUUCAUGAUUUUUUGGUGGAGAUUGACGAGCUGGUCGACGUGCGAAGCGGGCUGCAGCGGCAGCAAAAAGUAGUUGAGCGCAUAAGCGAAGACUCGUUUACGCCCUCGUUCAUCACCACCAUCGGCAUCGACUUCAAGAUCCGCACGAUUGAGCUUGAUGGCAAGCGCGUGAAGCUGCAGAUAUGGGAUACUGCGGGCCAGGAGCGCUUCCGAACCAUUACGACGGCAUACUACAGAGGUGCCAUGGGCAUUCUGCUGGUGUAUGAUGUUACAGACGAGAGAAGCUUCAACAAUAUCCGCACAUGGUUCGCCAACGUUGAGCAACACGCCACCGAGGGCGUCAACAAGAUCCUUAUCGGCAACAAGUGUGACUGGGAAGAGAAGCGCGCCGUCACGACAGAACAAGGACAGGCCCUCGCUGACGAGCUCGGCAUUCCUUUCCUCGAGGUCUCGGCAAAGAGCAACAUCAAUGUUGACAAGGCCUUUUACAGCCUGGCUGGCGAUAUCAAGAAGCGGUUGAUUGACACGGCGAGGACAGACCAGACGACUACGCCAAAGGUGGAUGUAAGCGGACAGGACGGUGCAAAUGCAGGCAUGGGUGGAAAGUGCUGUUAA